AAUAUUUCCAAUAUAUCAUUAACUGGAAAUUUUAUUGACGACAAUAAUUUAUCGAAAAUAAAUGAGGCCAUGAAUUUUAAUAAAUCAAUAUCAAUUUUAAAAUUACCUAAUGAAGUUGAUACAGAAAUAUUAAAGCAAAUAAAUUCAAAGUUAAUUAAAAAAAAACGUAAAAAGAAAAAACAAAUUAAAAAAAAAAUGUUUUAA